UGUCGUUUAUAUAACGCUUUUGCACUUUGUCGCUAUGUAUGCACCACCUUUCUCGAAUAAAGUCACGCUCUGGUGGAUUUACGACCAAUAGAGUAUUGUCAUUCAAUCAGUUUAUUCACUUUAUUUAUAUACUGCUUACAGGAAUAUGCGUUGACUGUCAAACGGACAAGAUAUGACUGAUAAUUUACGUUUACAAAGAUGACGACGGCUGUAUUUUAUGUUUUGUUGAUAUUUAUCAGUAUAAUUAUAGGAAAUAGUGAGACAUGUUCUGUAGGGCGACCAUUGGAACUAACAGCUUCUUCGACUGCUCAGUAUUUUACUUCACCAAAUUAUCCGAGUAAAUAUAGAAAUGAUCAGUACUGUCAGUGGCGUAUAACUUCCGAUUAUAAAGUUAUUCGAUUUGAAGUGAUUGAUUCCGAUUUAGGGCCUAAACCUGCCUAUGAUAAAGAAGAUUAUGUCAAGGUCUAUGACGGUUAUAAUAGACAUGGAGACUUUUUGGGUAAACUGAACAGUAAUUAUACACCAACAUACUUUAGCUCUGGUUCCUAUCUUUAUAUUGAAUUUAGAUCCAAUGCGUAUGGUGUUUAUAAAGGGUUUAAAGUAAAAUAUUACACAAUGUCAGAUAUUGUACCAGAGGAAGGUAGCUCAUCAAAUGAACAUUAUAGGGAGUUAGGUGGAGUGCUCGGCUUCAUUACAAUGUUGUGUAUCUUUCUAUGUACAUUCAUGUGUAUUAUCUGGAGGAAGAGAAAAAUCAAAAUCCAGAGACAAUCAAGAUCAAACAGGCAAACUGUAGUUUUUAACACUUCCAAUAAUACCGUGCUUGUUGUUCCUCCAGUUUAUGACGCAAAUAAUACGUCAUCACCCCCACCAUACACCAGGGUAACUAAUCCAGAAUAUGAUAUCGCUGCACCUUCAUAUCCUGGAAACAUACCCUCAGUACCACCACCACCUUAUUCCGAAUUACCAGCCUAUGUAGACUCGACCAAUUAUGGAAUAUCUGAAACUAGAAGCUACCCAGAGCCAAAUCCGGUACCAGAACCACAACGGCAGAUAUCAAAGGAUCCACAACAGUUCCAAAUACGAAGGCGUAACAAUUCAAUUUAACCCAGUCCAUAGACAGUCAAGAAGACUUAGCUAUAGUUGACGAAAGGGAGGUGACAGACAUUGACAAUCAAAUCAAUCACCCAAAUUAUUCCACUUUACUAUAACUUAACAAUUCGUCAAGUUUUAUAUGAGUUUGUAAAUUAAAACAUAUUUUCCUUGAUUAUAUCAUCGAAAAUCCUCUAAAUCCAAAGAUAUGUUUUUAUGUAGAAAAUAUUAUUUAAAGAAAUUGUUGAAUACACUUAUUUGCGUAAUAGUUAACAUAUAAAUGUAAUUAUUCUCUUAGAGUUGGCAUGUAAAUAUUCCUCCAUCCGACGAUUUCAGAAUUUUUAAGGUCUGCUUUCUACAUAGAAACCUGCCCAUAUCUCUGUUAAAUGCCUAUAUAACUGCAGUAUAUGAUGAAUUUCAUUCCAACAUAACUAUUUGACUUUAUCAAACACAAUAUUGUUGAAUUCGGCUAUUUGCAUAAUAGUGAAGGUGUAAAUUUAAAUAUUUUGAAAGAAAUCGCAUGUUUAAAUACUUCUUCGCCCGAAAUUUUCGGAAUUUAUCUGUCCGCUUUCUUAUAUUCAUUAAAGAUGCAUUAUGUAAGAGAUAAAUCUGUAAGAGAUGAAUUGUCACGUAUCCUCUUACAGUCCCAUAUAUCAACUUUGGGUCUUCGAAGGAAUUAUUAGUGAGCAGAAAUUCGGCCGUAUAUCCGUUAUCACUCGUCACAUCAGUCAGUUAUAUAGAGAGAUGACUCGUGUUUUCCUUUGGCGUUCGUCACUUCCGACUCAGGAAACCUGUAUUACUCAGCUAUCGUAGCAAUGAUCUCUGUGUUAAAAUUAUAUUUGGAAUGUGUUUAACCAGCUCUAUCACAUAUGUGAUAAUGACUGGCACCAAUAUUGUCCUUUAAAGAUAUAUGUAGGAUUUAUUCCCGCAUAAAUAUUUGACUUGCUUCUCAUAACUUGUUAUAAUUGUGUCAUGUGUUAUUCUAAAUGAUGACUUAUAGGGAUCAUAUUUAUUGUUUUGUACUAUGUUUCAAAAUUACUCUUGGAACAAACAUUAUGGAGUAUACUCUUUUAUAAUUACUAUUAUGGACAAAUCAACACAUUAAAUAGAAUCAAAUAGAAAUUUAUAUAUAUAUUUUAACUCAAAUCAUAGAAGUUGUGUCAUUUUUGUAUUUAAAGUAUAUUCAUUUUGUCGCCAGAUGAACCAAUGUAACUUGACUAAUGAUGAAAUAAUUUAUCGUUUUUAAAACGUAUGUAAUUUUGAACGUGUUGCUGUAGGGACAUUAGUAGUUUCAAGACGCAACAUUUGUGUUUUAGUGGUUUAAUUUAUUUAUAAAUUAUUUGUUAUUGUAUUUGUCUUGUUAUUUCGUUCAUAUUUAUUACAUAAUGUUUCAUUAUUGUUAUGCAGCCUUUGUAAAUUACAGUAUUACAAAUAUUAAAAACAUUAAUACACAUAAAGUUAACUAAGUAUAUAAUGAUAAACCUGUUUAUAUCGUUAGCUUUUAUAUUUGAUAAUUUUAUAUUUGAUAAUUAAUCGCCGGGGGUUUGUGGUUUAUUAGAUAUACCUCCCGUCUACUCAAUUAUGCAAAAGUCCUUCUUUGCUGGUUCAUUAAUGUGAAGGGGUUAAAAUUCAUGAUCACUAAAGGGAAAGUGCAUUAAACGGUAAAACCGCUAAAAAAAAUGAGUAGGCUUACUACUUCACUUUAAUAUUAUUAUAGGGAUGUAACGCACCACUUUUGAUUAUCCUCUAGGCACCACGUUUUGCACCAAAAUUCGCGUUCAACAGUAGGAACCGUAGAACGUUAAACUCCAUCUCAUUUUCUUCUUUUGCAUAAAAGCAGGAUGUUAAGCCAGAUUUCAUUUAUGUAAUUUGUAAAUAAUGUUUAUACAAUUGCAUUUGUAAUUUGUAAGUAUUGCAUAUAUACAGUCUCUAAUUGUAACAUGCUUAAGGGUGAAUCUUGCGUUUUAAUUGGUCAAUUGGACACUGUCGAUUGGACAAUAACACCUCUCUGUUUUAGUAAGACGAAUAACUGUAUAAAUAUUACAGUGUACUUUUUUCAUUUUUGUGCUCAAGGAUCUGUUUUAUUUUGAGAACUUUAACGGUUGAGCCAGAGGUGUAAACGGUCGUAUCGUCAGCAAAGAAGUCAGUUUAGAGGAGGGAUUUAAUGGCAAGUCAUUAAUGGAAAUAUUGAACAAGAGGGGGCCUAAUAUUGAUCCUUGAGGUCCACUGUAAUGAGUGGGCUUAGAGCAGAUAGUUCGCCAUCAACAAAAGUACACUAAUUUCUGUUUUUCAAGUAUGAUUCUAAGAAUUGUAAUGGGUUUUGAGCUUUAAAUAUCUGCAUUUCGUCAAUAAAAUGUCAUGAUAGACCAGAACAAAUACUUUUUUAAGUCAGAAAAUA